GUAUUGUAGCCAAUCACAAUCCUUGUAGUAAUAGAGUGAAAAGAGAGAGGCUCAGCUAUUGGCUGUAAGUAGAGCAGCUGGUGACCCACAGGCCGCACGGCAGGGACAGAGGUUCGUACAGACCUUCUCUUCCGGUGUACGUUACUGCCAUAAGCAACAGAAAAAUGCCCAAGAAGAAGACUGGUGCCCGCAAGAAGGCGGAGAGUCGCAGAGAAAGGGAGAAACAGCAGAGAGCAUCUCGAGGGACUGUGGACUUAGCAAAACAUCCUUGUAAUGCUACAAUGGAAUGUGACAAAUGUCAAAGACGACAGAAAAACCGGGCAUUUUGCUAUUUCUGCAGUUCUGUACAGAAGCUACCUAUGUGUGCUCACUGCGGUAAAACUAAAUGUAUGAUGAAAUCCUCAGACUGUGUGAUCAGGCAUCCUGGAGUUUAUAGUACUGGAAUGACAAUGGUGGGUGCGAUCUGUGAUUUCUGUGAGGCCUGGGUAUGCCACGGCAGGAAAUGUCUCAGCGUCCAUGCAUGCAGCUGCCCUCUAGCUUCUGCUGAGUGCGUUGAAUGUGAACGAGCAGUCUGGGACCAUGGGGGCAGGAUAUUCAGCUGCUCCUUCUGUUAUAACUUCCUGUGUGAAGACGACCAGUUUGAACAUCAGGCUAGUUGCCAAGUAUUGGAGGCUGAAACCUUUAAGUGUGCUUCUUGUAAUCGUUUAGGGCAACACUCAUGCCUCCGCUGCAAGGCGUGCUUCUGCGAUGAUCAUGCUCGGAGCAAAGUCUUCAAGACUGAGAAAGGGAAGGAACCGCCUUGCCCUAAAUGUGGCCAUGAGACACAGCAAACAAAGAAUCUGAGCAUGUCUACACGCACACUGAAGUUUGGCAGGCAGAGUGGAGCUGAUGAAGAUGAUGAUGGUGCUUCUGGCUAUGAGAACUAUUGGAAGAAUCUUGCCUCUGGUGGUUCAAACGCAAACUAUGACUACGAAGACGAUGAUGAAGAGGAAGAUGAAGAUGAUGAGGAGUGUGAUGAGGAAGGGGAUAAAGAUUCAGACUCUGAGGCAUCUGAUCUAUUUGGUCACUUAAAUUUAGGCAGGACAUAUGCCAGUGGCUAUGCCCACUAUGAAGAAUCUCAAGAGUGAAUUAUGAUGCAUAUUGCAAAAGCAUUUUUGAACAAUGACAUGACUGUAAAACAACCAAGUCCCAUAGCAGUAAAAAAAUAUAUAAGGUCAUGUUAUUUUGUGCAGAGAAAAUUCAGUACAAACAAAAGUGUGAGGUGCCAUAUUUGCUUCAUAUUAUUGGUCUUUUUAAUAUUUGGUUUGAUCAGUCCCACCGUACAAACAUUCUGAAUGCUUACAUCACAGUACCGUUAAUCUUAGUACUGAUCGGAUAUUGAGUAACUCUUGCUCAGUGUAAAACUGUUAUGAAUGUAUGCUUAUAUGAUUCUUGUCCAUGUAUUAAAAUACAUUCAAGACCAAAUAA